AUGCCUGCAAAGAUCAACGUAACGGCUGUGCCAUUUCGAUCUUCCCGCCUUGCGGUUCCUCCAUCACCAUUUUCCCCAGCGGAUCCCAUCACACCCCCCACUCUCAAGCGAACAUUUUCCGCCACUGCCAAUGCAGACUUGAUCGACCUUCUACCUCCUCCCAAACGGCAACCGAUGAAAUGGCUCUGGGCAUGUCAUCUCUGCCACCGCCAGUACAAUUUAUCUGUUACUCGUCGUUGUCUAGAUGACGGCCAUUACUUCUGCGCCGGCACCUCUGUGGUUCGCUCCCGCAAAGACGGCGUCAGAAGACUUCGUCGCCAUAAAGCUUGUGCCUCUGAAUUCGACUAUGCAGGAUGGAAGGACCGGGGUGUAUGGAAGCGCAAUCUUCUAACUCUUACUGAACAACAGAAGCGACAAAACUCACCUUGCGACAGUGUUUUCGAUAGUGAUGACACUGAAGAUGAAGUUCUAGAGGAGACAUCUUCUACGGCUUCUGUUGUUUCUCCCAUUGCUGCUGGAUUCACUGGCCACACUUCUUCCUGGAAAAAUGCCAAACCUCUCAAACCAGUCAAAGAUUGCUGGAAUCGCUGCGACUAUCCUUCCGAAUGUCGCUGGGGCAAGCAAUUUGGCGUUGAUACGCCUUUACAAACUACCUUCCCCUCGUUGAAUCGUGUAUCUAGUACGCCCAACCCCAACGAGCCUUCGUGCAUGGAAAUCACAGAUGUGGACAUGACGGAUGCUCCUGCCGAGCAGCCAAAGACGGAAUUCAAAGACAUUCUUACCGUCGAACAACAAGCCGUCGCCGAGACAAUCGAUGGAAUUGACAUUGACGUGCCCUCCACAGCAACACCUACUACUGCCCUAGCAGAUCUGGCCAGCUUAGUCUCUCGAGCUCAGCAUCGUCACUCUCGAUCUGAGAUCCCUACACCUAUCUCACCUCUUGCUGUUAAUACCACUCCAUCGCGGCCUGCCAUGGUAACGAGAAGUUCAUCAAGAGAAAGUCUCAAAAGAGCUGUUGAGGGCGGUAUCGGCGUUAUUGCUGGGAUAGUGGGAAGUUGGAGAAGUAGCUCUGCUCCUGCUGUCAGUAGGAAGAGAGAAGAAGGUGUGGGGGUAGAGGUGGAGGAUAUUGCCAUGGAGGACGUGGACGUGCGAGAUGGUGAACAGGAAAGGGGAAGAGGGAGAAGGAGAAGUCUUGGGUAG